AACGUGGGUUAACUUUAACCCAUUUGUCCUUUAGGUUUUGUGUCUCAUUGUGUUGUUUAAUGCGUGUUCACAGUCGUAUUUUGAACUUUAGAGUCAGAGUGGUAUGGUUAAAUUCUAAGCAUUUAGCAACGGGCUACGCUAAAGGAUUCACCUGAGUGAUGGGUGCCUCGGCGAAACUGGCAGCCUUCCGUCUCCCUCCUUUGCCUACUGUAGGUGAGCUGAUAAAGCUGUACAACCUGCGAGCUGAGAAGCAGCUAUCCCAGAACUUUCUGUUGGACUUAAAGCUCACAGACAAAAUAGUCCGUCAAGCAGGCAACCUGAAGGAUGCACACGUGUGUGAGGUGGGACCCGGUCCUGGAGGCCUCACCCGCUCCAUUCUCACUGCAGGUGCAGCAGACCUGCUGGUAGUGGAGAAAGACGCACGCUUCAUACCUGGGCUGAAGCUCUUGUCUGAGGCUGCCCCUGGAAGGUUAAGGAUAGUUCAUGGUGACAUACUCACCUAUAGGAUGGAUCGAGGGUUCCCAGUAAAUAUCUCUAAGACAUGGGAAGAAGAUCCACCCAACCUUCACAUCAUAGGGAAUCUCCCAUUUAGCGUCUCGACCCCCCUCAUCAUCAAGUGGCUCGAGAGCAUGGCAAACAGAACAGGACCCUUCAAAUACGGACGCACCCGACUCACGCUUACGUUUCAGAAAGAGGUGGCCGAGAGGUUGACAGCCAGCACGGGCAGCAGGCAGAGGAGUCGUUUGUCGGUCAUGGCUCAGUAUCUCUGCAAGGUCCAAAGCUGCUUCACCAUCCCUGGACGUGCGUUCGUCCCCAAACCAGAGGUGGACGUGGGAGUGGUCCACUUCACUCCCCUGGUUCAGCCCCAGAUCCAGCAGCCCUUUGGCCUGGUGGAGAAACUCGUCAGGAACAUUUUCCAGUUCCGCAGGAAGCAUUGCUAUAGAGGAGUCGAGAAGCUGUUCCCAGAGGCGCGCCGCGCUGAGCUGACGAAGGAGACGAUGCAGAAGGCCGACGUGGACCCCACUCUACGCCCCACAGAGCUCACGAUACCUCAGAUCAGGGCUUUAGCAGACGCCUACGCUCACCUCUGCGCACACGAGCCCGAUCUGCUCGGCUUCGAGUUCAGAGAGGAGCUCGGCAUGAAGCAUCAGUCCAGGAGCGGAAACGCGCCAACGGGCCCCUGACAACCCUGCUGAAAUAAAAGAGAAGCCCGUUAAUAGCCUCUGUCAGCGCGGGAGACAGCAGGCAGCUCUUAGCCUUGACAUCUCCACCUGGCAUGAGCAUGCAUUUUUUAAAACGCUCUAAAACUUUUCCCCUGCUCCCUGGGAGCGAUAGGUAGCUGGGGAUCCAUGAAACCCUGGGACAGAGACAAGGAACCACGAGGCGUGUUCUAAAGGUGCUUGUUCUGAGAUGGGACAACUUCCUGGAGUAUAAAGAAAGCAUGUCUGUUACCCACAAUAGCUCUUUAAGAGUAGCUCUUUAUGUCCCAGAUCUUACGGGGCUUCACAUUCAAUUCACAUAACAGCCCGUCCUGUGGGACACGAAGGAAAUGUCAGACUGUUUUCAGGCCACUCUUUCUUCCACCUUCCCCUUGAUUGUGUAGAAACAUGUGAAAGGGAUAAAGGAGGAAAGCGAUCAAACGUAUAUCAAAAUGUCUCCAACCAUUAGUUACUAAGAAUCGGAAGUCAGAAACAAUCUGUACCAAGAUGCAUUCACAUCACACGCAUCAUGACGCAUCUUGUUAUUUUUAUUCAGAGUUUUCUAUCGCAGAUUAUCAGCGGCAGAAUACAGCAGGCCCGUCUCCUGCCAGCGUGACAGAUGGCUCGCUAGGCUCGAGUCGCCGGAGGAAGAAGCCACUCCGUUCGGAUGAUUGCUGAAUGUUAAUCUCCGACCACGAUCAAGAUGUCAUGAGACCCGCGUGGUAGACAGGUACACAACGCUGCGGUUGCACUGAUGCCAACCACAGUCCAUGUCGCAUGGGAAGUCUUCCAGCCACUCGUAGCUCGUACAGGAUCACGAAGGAGACAAAAUGUCCUUUUAAUUGAUUGAAUUAGUUUUGUUUUCAGGCCAUUGACUUUAUAUACAAGAGAAUUGGGAAUGGAGAACCAGUUGCCCUGUUAAAGAUGCUCAGUAAAUAAACGUCUCAACAUGUACCUUGGUUAUGUGCACCCACGUCUGCAGUAAAGCUUUAUUAAAGCCUUUCGUCAUGUAAA